AUUUUGAAAAUGAUGAUAUAUUUGUAAAUCCUUUAGGUUCAUUAGAGAAAAUGCCAUAUUAACAGAUUAUAUUGGAAGGACUUUUGACUCAGAGGUGCCUGUUUUCCUCCAUAACAGACCAACUUAAUUCAUUAAACAUUGUUUGGCCAAAAUGGAACUCUGUGAAACGUUUGGCAAGAAGGACGUUGAGCAUCUUGGUGAUUGUUCAUUCCAGGUGUCAAGUCAGUCAUCUGUAGAAAAAACAACAUACAGAGUUAAUUUGAAUGGUCCCACUGGAAUGCCAAGCUGUGACUGCCACAAUUGGCAAUGGACAUUAUUGCCUUGCAAACAUAUGUUUGCUGUGUUUGCACACACAGAUUAUUCAUGGGAGGAUAUUGCAGCAGAAUAUAGGAGCUUACCAUCCCUAACCAUUGAUAGCCAGUUACCAGCACAGAUACUCCAACUGAAGAAGUGCUGUGUGAAGAAUUUGGUUUUGAUGGUAUAGGAAUGUUUGAGUCUGAGAGUGAGUCCAU